UCCCCGCCCCAACCUGGAAGCGAGCGCCCCCGGCUGCUCACGGCCGCCCUUCGGCUCCUGUUUGCAGGGAGCUCCGUUUCUGGCUCGUUAUAGGAUCCAGCUGCGGUUCCAACCGGCCCCGGGCUAGCGAGGCACACGUGCGCGGGCGCACACACGCACUCACACUCCCGCGUCCUCGCUCAGCGCACCCCACCCUCUGCGCCGCUCCUCCGCCGGGCGGGGGGUGGGGGUGGGGUGACGUCAGGACUGCAGUCCCAAGGAGAGCGGCUGAAGAGGGCCGCGCGCUCCUCGCCCUGGAGGCUGGAGGCGCACUGGGGCGGCCGCCACAGCUGCGCACCUCCCUCUCCUCUGCACCCGCUGUCGCGCUGCUAGCUCGCGGGGGAGCCUCGCGAGCCGCCAGGUGAAUUGAAAGUCGUUUCCGGGGGAGGACGGAGAGGGUGCUGCAGUCCUGGCAGGCACUGAAACUGCAACUCGGACAGAAACGACCCAGCCGAGGAGUCGUGCGCGCGGCGCCGUGCGCAGCCUCCCCGAGCGGCUGGGGGCGGCAGCCGCUCAGCUCGCCGCCCGGCGCGGCGGCCGGACCUCGGCCCCAGGACUCCGGCUCCGGGCGCGCUCGCCCGGGAGAGACCCCCCCCCGCCAGCCCUGAGCAUUUCGCGGCGGCGCUGGUACGGGGAAUGCGAGCGCGUCAGCUCCAGGUCACCGCCGUGGAGCAGCUGCCUGUGGGAGAGCGAGGAGAGGCGAGGGGGCGGCAGCCUCGGCCCGAAGUAAGUGCAGCAGAAGUUUGCGUCGGUUUCCCCGCCGCUCCCUGGAGCGCGUGGGAGGUUUAUCUCCUACCCUAGCUCGCUGAGGAUAGCGGACUUACAGGGGAGCCUCGCCCGGGAGAGAAGAUGGAGAGACUGAGGUCCUGAAUUUGUACUGGUUGUCCUGUGUGCUGUGUGUCCAGAAGACGGAGCUGGAGUUCCAAUCCAGAGCCCCUGGGUGUCGCCCCAAAAGACUGUGCUACUUAUCGGUGGAGGACGCCGCCUCCUCAUUUUCUUUCUAGAGCAAGGAAAGAGCAAUUUGCAGGUAGCAUCCUUAGAAGAUGCAGAAUGUCGCAGAACCAAGGAACGCCUUUCUAAUGGAAACAGUCGCGUUUCAGCUUCCAAAUCUUCCCGAAACAUCCCAAGGAGACACACUCUAGGUGGACCUCGAAGUUCCAAAGAAAUACUGGGAAUGCAAACAUCAGAGAUGGAUCGUAAGAGAGAAGCUUUCCUAGAACAUCUGAAGCAGAAAUACCCCCAUCAUGCCACAGCCAUCAUGGGCCACCAAGAGAGGCUGAGAGACCAGACAAGAAGCCCCAAACUGUCUCACAGUCCUCAGCCUCCCAACGUGGGUGACCCGGCAGAGCGUUUAUCAGAGGCGUCUGGAGAGUCUCUGGAAGCCAUGUCUGAGGGAGAAGCUCCAAGUCCUUUCUCCAGAGGCAGCCGGACUCGAGCGAGCCUUCCAGUGGUGAGGUCGGCCAACCAGACGAAGGAAAGAUCUCUGGGGGUUCUUUAUCUCCAGUAUGGAGAUGAAACCAAGCAGCUCAGGAUGCCGAAUGAAAUUACAAGUGCAGACACAAUCCGUGCUCUCUUCGUAAGUGCCUUUCCACAGCAGCUCACCAUGAAAAUGCUGGAGUCGCCCAGUGUCGCCAUUUACAUCAAAGAUGAAAGCAGAAAUGUCUAUUAUGAGUUAAAUGAUGUCAGGAACAUUCAGGACAGAUCCCUUCUCAAAGUGUACAACAAGGAUCCUGCCCACGCAUUCAACCACACGCCGAAAACUGUGAACGGAGACGUGAGGAUGCAGAGAGAAAUCGUUUAUGCAAGAGGAGAUGGCCCUGGUGCCUCUCGACCUGGACCCGCAGCUCUUCUACCCCACGCCAUUCCAAAUUCUCCACCGUCCACUCCUGUGCCACAUUCCAUGCCUCCCUCUCCAUCCAGAAUCCCUUACGGAGGCACCCGGCCGAUGGUCGUUCCUGGUAACGCCACCAUCCCCAGGGACAGACUCUCCAGCCUGCCGGUCUCCAGAUCCAUCUCUCCCAGCCCCAGUGCCAUCUUGGAAAGAAGAGACGUGAAGCCAGAUGAAGACAUGAGCUCCAAGAGCCUCGCGAUGUACCGCAACGAGGGUUUCUACGCCGAUCCUUAUCUUUAUCACGAGGGGAGGAUGAGCAUAGCCUCUUCGCACGGCGGGCACCCCCUGGAUCUCCCCGAUCACAUCAUCGGGUAUCACCGUGCUGCAGUUCGUUCAGCCAGUGCUUACUGCAACCCUUCUUUGCAAGCGGAAAUGCACAUGGAGCAGUCACUGUACAGACAGAAGUCAAGGAAGUAUCCAGAGAGCCUCUUGCCUACUCUGGGCUCCAAAACGCCCCCGGCCUCUCCUCACCGAGUCAGUGACCUGAGGAUGGUGGAGAUGCACGGUCUCCAUAACGCCCACGGGCCCUCCCACACCAUGCAGUCAGACCGGGUCUCACCCAGCCGCCAGGCCUUCAAAAAGGAGCCCGGCACCUUGGUGUACAUUGAGAAGCCACGGACGACUCCAGGAUUAGCCGGAAUUGUGGACCUCGGCCCUCCUCUAGUUGAGAAGCAAGUGUUUGCUUAUAGCACGGCUACGAUACCCAAAGACAGAGAGACCAGAGAGAGGAUGCAAGCCAUGGAGAAACAGAUUGCCAGUUUAACUGGCCUUGUUCAGUCUGCGCUUUUUAAAGGGCCCCUUACAAGUAAUAGCAAAGAUGCAUCUAGCGAGAAAAUGAUGAAAACCACAGCCAGUAAGAACCACACAGAUGGUGCAGGAACUCCCCAGGUUUCCGGCGGGAAGCCUCUUGGCGCCCUGGAGUCCUCGGGGCCACCCAGCCAGCUCCCGCCUGCUGCCACCUCCGCCGCCCACAUGAGCCUGCUCGACAUGAAGAGGAGUGUGGCCGAACUCAGGCUCCAGCUGCAGCAGAUGCGACAGCUCCAGCUGCAGAACCAGGAGCUGCUGAGGGCGAUGAUGAGGAAGGCUGAGCAGGAAAUCAACAGCAAAGUGAUUGAAACGUUGAAGAGACUGGAGGACCCUGUGCAGCGACAGCGGGUCCUGGUGGAACAGGAGAGGCAGAAGUACCUGCACGAGGAGGAAAAGGUUGUCCGGAAGUUGUGUGACCUGGAAGACUUCGUUGAAGAUUUAAAGAAGGACUCUGCCUUGGCCAGCCGCGCGGUUACUCUAAAAGACGUGGAAGACGGGGCUUUCCUCCUGCACCAGGUGGGAGAGGCAGUAGCUUCCCUGAAAGGAGAAUUUCCAACCUUACAAAACAAGAUGCGAGCCAUCCUGCGCAUAGAAGUGGAGGCCGUGCGGUUUCUGAAGGAGGAGCCGCACAGGCUGGACAGUCUCCUGCAGAGAGUGCGAGGCAUGACCGACGCCCUGACCAUGCUGCGCAGGCAUGUCACUGAUGGGCUCUUGAAAGGCACAGAUGCAGCCCAGGCAGCACAGUAUGUCGUGAUGGAAAAGGCCACGGCCGCAGAAGUCCUGAAGGCCCAGGAGGAGGCUCCCCGCGCCUCGGGCCAGCCCCUCCCCGGUGCGGGCGUCCCCGGCGACGUGAAGUCGGAAGUGGUGCCCUUGACGGUUCACCACGCUCAGAGCUCUCCUGUGGUCAUCCAGCCGUCCCAGCUCUCCUCCGCGCUGCUGAACCCUGCCCAGCACUUGCCAGGGGGGCCCGGGCCUCACCCGGCCAGCCCUCCCGCUGUCACACAGGAGGUGACCUCAGCUCUGCAGUCCCCGCAGAUGCCCGGGAAUGGUUCCUCCGUGCAGAGCCUGUUCAUGGACGAAAUCCACAGUGUGAGUGCCAAGAACAGGGCAGUGUCUAUCGAGAAAGCAGAAAGGAAAUGGGAAGAGAAAAGGCAAAAUCUGGACCACUAUAACGGAAAAGAGUUUGAGAAGCUCCUAGAAGAAGCCCAGGCCAAUAUUAUGAAGUCAAUUCCAAACCUGGAGAUGCCGCCAGCCUCGGGCCCACAGCCAAAGGGCGAUGCUCCAGUGGACAAGCUAGAACCUUCAGAAGACCCUCCAAAUUCAGAACAGGACUUGGACAAGCUGGGGGCUAAGUCCCCGCCUCGUCCUCCCCCACCUCCACGGAGGAGCUACCUGCCAGGAUCGGGGCUCACCACCACGAGGUCCGGCGAUGUGGUCUACACCAGCAGGAAGGAGAGUGCCACCACAAAGGCAAGCAGUGAAGAUGCUGGACCAAGCCUGCAGGCUAGAGCCACAAAGUGUCCAGCAGAGGAGCCUGCUUCAGCCUGGGCCCCGUCACCACCACCUGUCACUUCCUCCUUAAAGGAUGAGGAGGAAGAAGAAGGAGACAAAAUCAUGGCAGAACUCCAGGGCAUUUUUGGAAGUUGGAGAACCAAGCCACCCAAGAAUUUGGAAUUUUUCCACGAAGACGUACGGAAAUGUGAUGUUGAAUAUGAAAAUGGCCCCCAAAUGGAAUCCUGGAAGGUUACCGCAGGGGCUUCCAUACCUAGUGACCAUCCUAAGUGGGAAAGAGGAAUGGAGAAUAGUAUUUCUGGUGCAGCAAGAACAUCAGAAUACAAAACUGACAUCUUAAUGAAGGAAAGUUCCAUAUCCACUAAGAGUUUACUUAGAGACGGUAGAAACUAUUCCCAGAAAAAUGUGUCCAGGGUCAAUUCUAGUUUCUCUGGCGUUAGUUCCUUAGAAGAUGAAAUCAACAAAGGACCUAAAAUCUCAGGGCAGCCGUACCCUGUGUGUGACACUGAGAAUCAGAAGAUGAAUUAUGGGAAGACAAAGGGGGUGAUCCAGCAAGGACAAGAAAAUACAGAUAAGUGUCACCUUCCCUCUCCCACUAGAUCAACCGAAUUGACUAUUCGUGAUGUCAAAACUCAAGACCAAGAGGUUCCCUUGACAGAGUUUGGCCAAGUUGUCCUGAGACCGAAGGGAGCCAGGCCUGCUAACCUGACGCCUGAUGAGGAUGGGGAGUCCACAGCAGGCUCUCCCAGCGAGGAGAGUGCAACCACCGACAGCAUUGCCUUCAUGAUCACCAAAACCGCGGUCCAAGUUCUCUCCAGCGGGGAGGUCCGCGACAUAGUGAGCAAACAGGGCCAAGAUGUACAGACGGUCAACAUUGACGCCAAAAAAGAGACAACUUCCCAGCAAGAAGGCACUGACAGUGAGGAGCCGGUCGUGUGCCUGGACAAGAAACCCGUGAUCAUCAUUUUUGAUGAACCCAUGGACAUCCGGUCCGCAUACAAGAGACUUUCAACCAUAUUUGAGGAAUGCGACGAGGAAUUGGAGAGAAUGAUGACAGAGGAGAAGAUAGAGGAAGAGGAGGAGAAUGGAGAUACUGUGGUCCAGAGUAACACCUCCCAAAAGUUUCCUAAGGAGGGGGCCUCGGGCAACCUCGGAGCAGGGCGGGAGGCUGAGAGUAAAUUCCAGCCGCACUUCCUUUCAGCGGAGACCGGAAUGUCAGGAGGACAGGAAGUGACUAAAACCGAGCAGAGCAAGUUCAACCCAGCCGAUUCUCCAAGUUCAGAAAGCCAGGGCGACACGACCGAUGACCAGUUUGAAAGCCCCAAGAAAAAGUUCAAAUUCAAAUUCCCAAAAAAGCAGCUCGCCGCUCUCACGCAAGCCAUUCGCACGGGAACCAAGACGGGGAAGAAGACGUUGCAGGUGGUGGUCUAUGAAGAGGAGGAAGAGGACGGCACUUUGAAGCAGCACAGAGAAGCCAAGCGCUUCGAGAUCAGCGGGUCUCGAUCCGAAGACACCCCGAAAAGUAUGCUUAGGAGACUAGAGCAGCCCAGUCUGGAGAGCACAGCUCCGAUCUCGAGAACUGAUGAAAUCAGAAAAAAUACCUACAGAACGUUGGACAGCCUGGAGCAGACCAUCAAACAGCUGGAAAAUACGAUCAGUGAGAUGAGUCCCAAAGCCCUAGUUGAGACCUCGGGUUCCUCCAACAGAGAGUCUGUUGCAAGCUCAUCCCACGUGGCCCAGGAGGCCUGUCCCCAGUCCUUGCUAGUCCUGGAUGAAGCUCCCACUGCCCUAGAGCCCCCCUCGUCUGUACCUUCGGCUUCACGUAAGGGCUCCACGGGAACCCCUCAGACGAGCAGGAUGCCGAUCCCCAUGAGUUCCAAGAACAGACCCGGAAGCCUGGACAAACCUGGCAAGCAGUCCAAACUGCAGGAUCCCCGCCAAUAUCGUCAGGCUAAUGGAAGUGCUAAGAAAGCUGGUGGGGACUGUAAGCCUACUUUCCCCUCCUUACCUGCUUCUAAGAUUCCAGCCCUUUCUCCCAGCUCUGGGAAAAGCAGUUCUCUGCCUUCUUCUAGUGGUGACAGCUCUAACUUCCCUAAUCCACCUGCUACUAAACCAUCGGUUCCUUCUAACCCUCUCAGCCCCCAAACAGGACGAUCUGCUCCCUCUGCCUCCCUCAUCCCCUCUGUCUCUAAUGGCUCCUUGAAGUUUCAGAGCCCCGCUCACACAGGUAAAGGUCACCAUCUCUCAUUCUCACUGCAGACUCAGAAUGGCCGAGCAGCCCCUCCUUCCUUCUCCUCCUCCCUGCCCCCCCCUGCCUCCCCAGCUUCACUGAAUCAAGGUGCCAAGAGCAUCAGGACCAUCCAUACUCCUAGCCUCACCAGCUACAAGGCACAGAGCGGAAGUUCAAGCAAAGCCACCCAGUCCACAGCAAAGGAAACCUCUUAAAGGCCAAAUCCUAUUAGGCACGAGUCGGAGUUGCAUUUAAGAAAAAAAAAAUUUUUAACAGUCUUCGACAAGUGUUUUCACAAGAGAAUGUAACAUAUCGCUGUACUGUUUGAGGUUUACUGCUAAGUAUGUGCUAAAUACUGGAUUAAUAGAUUUCAGUAAAGCUUGUUUGUUUUUUUACUUUGUCGCUGUUCUAAUUACAUAGUGUUUACUGUCUCUAUUCAAUACCUGUUAAAUGAAGUAAGCAUGUGUUACCAAAAGAGAGUAUGGCAGGAGAGAAGGGUGUGGUGAGACAAGAAAAAAAAUGUAUGAAGCAUGUAAAACAUGUAUGAUUCCAGAAUUUUAGUAUGUUUUGUAUAAAAAUAUUUUUCAUUACGGAGACUAGACAUGAACAGAGAAAUACACAGGUGUGACUAUACAAAUUGUAAAACAGAUACUAUAAUAUUUCCUUUUAUUUUAGUGUUAUUUAGCUUUAUUACAGAUUUCUAUUUUUGUCAAAACUUCAUGGUUCCUUUCGAGAUCUUUUUUGCCAAAACAUUUUGAUACUGUAGCCUUGUACAUUUGAAAGUAGCGUGCUAGACAAUAAGCCAAUGAACUUCUGCACAAGCCAACACAGAGGCACAUGUGGAAGGCAAUGAUCAACCCUACUGCACUGCCAUGAAAAUUAUGUAUAAUAAUUUGCCGGCCCAAGCAAGCUAGUUUUGUUCUGUUUCUUUCUUUUUUCUCUUUUCUAACAUAUUGGGAUUCGCUAGUUGUUUUCUUUGCAGUAUCUAAAUCCUUCCUUUGUUUUCUGAGACCUGGUAACCCACACUAUUGCAUUGUGGAUUUUAGAAUGUACACUUCUGUACGGUUCUGUAAACUGAUCAAUUUUUGUAAAUAUAUAAAUAGACACCAAAAAUACUGUAUGUGACAGCACAUAGAGUAGUUUUCCCACACCAAAGUUAAUUUUUAUGCAUGCUUUAAAAAUAUAUCUUGGGAUGGGCAGAAAUGGAACUUCCUGGACAUUUUUAAAAAGCAACAAGUUUGCACAGCUAGAGUGUUUUUGUAAAUAAAUGUAUUUGUAUAACACAGUUAUGUAAUAUACAGAACUAUAAGCAGAGACUUUGCAAAACUAAAUAAAGGGCUGCAUGCUUAUUAUUUUUUGUACCUUGUCCCUAUAACUACUUCCUAGUCAAAGAACGCAACCGUUACCAAGUUAAAAGGUUUUGGCUUUGAGGGCGUGGUAAGUAAACACAUAACCAGAUGCAAACU